AUGGAUGACAGGACGAUAGAUUUGAUUUUUGCUGGCUCAUUGGAGAGUCUGCCUCCAGUUAGCUCAAAAAUUGUUAGGAUUUUCACUAGUUCUACUUUUACAGAUACCACAAUGGAAAGGAAUACAUUGAUGGCAAAAUGUUAUCCCAAAAUUAAGGAUUAUUGCAGGGAAAAACAUGGAUUGGAGUUUCAGGUAGUAGACAUGCGAUGGGGCGUAAGAGACGAGGCUACAGACGAUCACAUGACCACAGAGCUUUGUAUGAAGGAAAUUCAAAAUUGCCAGAGAUUAUCAAUGGGGCCUAAUUUUGUGGUGUUCCUUGGACAAAAAUAUGGUUAUCGCCCUAUCCCAACAUAUGUUUUAUCAUCAGAACUUCAAAUGAUAAGGGACGAAUUACAUGCUACAGGUCACGAUGUAGUGAUUAUAGACACUUGGUAUAGAAAAGAUAGUAACGCCGUGCCACCCAUUUCUGUUUUGCAACCCAUAUCUUCUAUACUAAUCAAUUUCAAUAACAAGAGGAUUCCAAAGCUUCAAGCUGAAGAUCAAGCUAAAUGGUGGGACACUUUAGGAAAAUUCCAAAAAUUAUUCCGAAAAGCUGCCGCUUCUUUAAACCAACAAGGCAAAAUGGACAAUGAUGCUAUGCACAACUAUUUUAUGUCUGUAACUGAACGAGAAGUCAUCAAUGGUAUUUUAAAUGUGAAAAACACCAAAAAUCAUUGCCUGGCUUACAUAAGGAUGAUUAAUAAUAUUAAUUUACAAAAUUUGAAGAAAGCGUCACUUUUUGUGGAUAUUAUUAAUAGAAGCUUGGAUACAGAAUCUUCAAAGCUUUUGGGUGAUUUGCGAGAUGUGCGAUUACCAAAUAAAAUUGAAACAAGCAACUUUCAAAAAUAUACUGUGGAAUGGAUUGGCAGAGAAGGUCUCGACACAGAAACUCACGAAGAAUAUUUAAAACACUUUAUAUCACAUUUUUACAAAAAUAUAGUAAAACUAGUGGAUAGAGCAAUGAGAAAGGAAGAUUCUAGUGCUCAAGGGCAAAUAGUUACUGAAAUAUUGCAGCACUUACAUGCUUGUAAUAACUCUGUAAAGGUCUUUUAUGGUCGUGAGGAGAGUCUCGAACACAUCCACCAAUACAUGUUAGACGAUUCUGAUAAGCUUCUAGUCCUCUAUGGAGAAGGUGGUUGUGGUAAAACGUCCCUAUUAGCCAAAUCAGCCAGUAUGUCUACCUCACAAGCUUGGUUUGAAGGUGCCAAACCUAUAAGCAUCAUCAGAUUUUUGGGAACCACUCCUGAUUCUAGUGCUCUAACACCUACAUUGAUUUCUAUUUGUCAGCAAAUAUCUUACAACUUCAUGCUGCCAUUUGAUGGUAUACCAGAUGAUCUUGUACCAUUGACAGCUCAUUUUAAGCAACUUUUAACUUUAUCGACAAAACAGCAACCUCUAUUGUUGUUUUUGGAUUCAGUAGAUCAGCUUACAGGGACUGCUGAUGCAAAUAAAGUUUCAUGGUUACCAACACGUCUUCCGAAAUACUGCAAGAUAAUCGUUUCUUGUGCUUCGGAAGAAACCAACCCCGAAGUCUCAAAAGAGUAUCAUAUAUUGAGGAGGAUGGUCGAUGUUGAAGAAAAUUUCAUUGACGUGCAAGCUUUAGGGGAAGAACUUGCUAUGAAAGUUAUAAAGAUGUGGAUGAGAACAGCUUGUCGAGACUUAACCAACUACCAAUGGAGAUUAGUGUCAAACGCCAUAGACAAAUGCAGUCUUCCUAUAUUUGUUAAGCUAGUGUUUGCAGAAAUUUGCAGAUGGCGUAGCUACACUAAGAGCCAAGACACAUAUCUAGCUUCCACUGUUAUGGACUCUAUUAUGAUGCUGUUUGAAAGAAUUGAGAAACAGCAUGGAAGAAUAUUGGUCUUUCACGGUUUGGCGUAUAUAACAGCAGCAAAAAGUGGCCUGUCAGAAUCAGAGCUGGAAGAUCUGAUAUCAUUAGAUGAUAAAGUCUUGGAUGAUGUUUACCAGUACCAUUUGCCACCAGUCAGACGUAUACCGCCUUUACUAUGGACCAGAAUAAGAAACGAUUUACCCAACUAUUUGUCAGAAAGAGAAGCAGAUGGCGUUAGCGUAAUGAAUUGGUAUCAUAGACAGUUCAGAGAUGCAGCGAAAGAGCGCUAUUUCAAAAACAUGAAUAUGGCGAUGUAUUUUCAUUCAAUGAUAGCCGACUAUUUUUUGGGCAUAUGGGGCGGUGGUAAGCCGAAACCGUUUAAAUAUACGGAAAUACAAAGGCACAGAUUUAAUUUGACUGAUAAAGAGGGUGUUGCUGAUAGAAAAGUGCCUGUUCAACCUUUGGUCUUUUAUUCCAAGGAAGGGAAAGUGUCUAGAUAUAAUUUGAGAAAGUUUGGCGAACUACCAUUCCACUUGGUUAGAUCCAGGAGAUUUACAGAUUUAUAUGAGAAUGUCUUAUUUAAUUACGAGUGGGUACAUGCCAAACUGUGUAGCUGCCCUCUACAGUCAGUUUUAUCUGACUAUGAAGACGCUAGCGUAAAUAUUGAAGACAAGGACUCCAAAAGAGAACUUAUGUUGGUAGCAGACGCUCUGAGACUAGGAGGAGCAGUAUUAGGGCAAUACCCAAACAUGUUAGCCCCACAAUUGAUUGGUAGAUUAUUACCAGAAGUGGCUCCUAAUCCAAACAUUAAAAUGUUGCUUAAUGAUUGCGAUUUUAAAGGGCCUUUGCAUUGUGCCCUGUUGCCUCUGUACCAUUGCCUACACACCCCUGGAGGUCCUUUAAAGUAUUCUCUUGAAGGACAUCAAUUUGCAGUAUUUUCCAUAUGCCUAACAUCAGAUUACAGAUACAUAGUUUCAGUAUCAAACAGAUUUAUAACUUGGGAUUUGUCCACAAGUGACUUGACCAGAGAUGUGAAUCCAAAUAUUGAAGGAAUCAUGCAACAUUUGGUAUUGAGUCCUGAUAAUAAAUGGGCUGCUGCUUACACAAAUAACAAUCAAUCAGUCCUACUAAAUAUGCUCUCAAGCGAAUUUGUCAUUAUCGAGAACCCACUGGAAGAAGGCAAUAAUGUUACAGGAAUAUUUUUACUCAAUCACAAUCUUUUCAUUUACGGAGGCGACAGCUGGGUUAAAUUUGAUAUGAGAGGCAAUCGAGAGGAAGAUUUUCGUGGGCCCUUAAAUAAGGAAGAAUGGCCUAUUUUGUUAAUAGAAUGGGAUAAUAUAUCAGAAUAUCGUAUAGUAUUCUGGAGAAAUAAUUUAGACGAUGACAGAAUGAAAUUUUUAUGUAAAACUAAGGAUGGAGAAUAUGAAAUGUUUGAUUAUCAUAGUGCAAUGGUUCUGACAACAGAUAAAUCUACCUUAUACGCAUGUACAACAGAUUCUCUAUAUUGUGUUACGAAAUAUGUGAAAAAUAGUGAAACUAAGACUUGGGACAAAGAAUGCGAUUUGCCUAGAAGUGAAAAAGAUAAUACCGAAGCUAUGUUGCAAUUAAAAUUGGAUAAAUAUGAUAAAGUUUUGUUUGGUACAACCAGCAAUGGUUUUGUAUUAUGGGAUUUCAACGAAGAAAAUUGUAUAGAAGAAAACAGAGCCAUAGAAUUGACUCUUCCUUACGGCACUCGCAAUAUAACAACAAAAAUGCUCUACUCUAAUUCUAUUAUGCUUAGCGCACAUAAAAAUUAUGCUAUAGCAGGGGUCAGAAAAAACUUAUAUGUUUGGAGUAUCAAAACCAAAAAAGUAGUGAAAAUUUUGGAUGCCCAUUUUGGAAGAAUAAUACAGCUAGAGCCCCUAACCAUAGGAAAUUGGAACAGCAUAGUGACAUCAUCCAUCGAUAGAACUGUGAAGGUUUGGAACAUAAAUAAUAUUUUUGAACAAGUUCACGUGAUUGAUAGGCAUGAAUUGCAAGUGGACGCAAUAAGCUUAUCAGAUAAUUUAAGUUUAGCCGUAACAGCUACGAGAAACUGUGUAGGAGUUUGGGAUUUGAAAAUUGGAAAACUUAUGGCUAAAUUAGCUGACAGUCCUUUAGGAGCUAUAGUUACCCAUGCUAUUAUUACACCCGAUGGAAAGUACAUUAUAUCAGCUGAAACAGGCAACAUUUUAAUUUGGCUACGAUUAACUCAGCAAGUGAUUUUUAAGGAUGAACAACCAGGAGUUAAACAGUUAACUUUAAUUGAUAAUGGGACAAAAAUAUUGUCCAUUUCCAAACCCAGCAAUCCUCCAGGGACGGAUUUUGUGAGGACAACUGCUACAGUUUGUGUUAGGGAAAUUCCAAGUGGUGCAAUGGUCUAUACAUUUGAAUACCCAGUAAGAAGUAUCACAGGGGUACCAUUCAGACCAGCGGUAAUAACUUCAGACAACCAACACCUUGUAAUUUCAGCUGCCGAUAAAACUAACAGAGAUUGCAUUAUAAUCUACAAUGCCCAAAAUGGUAGUUUGAUUCACAGAAUACCUUUGAAAAUGUGUGGAAUUAAGGAUGUUGCAGGAUUGGUGGCUAUGCCUCACAAAGGCCAUCUUAUAGCUGUAUUGACAACCGAUAAAGGUGCUAUCAUUGAUAUUAGAAGUAAGAAACAUCUAAGGUCGAUACCGAAAUGGGGUGGGAGUGUUACCAAGGAUGGGAAAUAUGGACUUUAUGCACCACAAAGAGGUGGGUUAGAGCUUAUAGAGCUCAAAAAAGGCACAAGUGUAAAGACUUACAUACCAAAAGUAGCAGAAGGUGUUUUUACAAUAAUUUGUAUGUUUAAUAAAACUGAUGAAUAUGUUUUGUAUUAUCAUAGUGGCCGGAAGACUUUAAGAGUUUUCAGAACUGCGGAUGCAGAAAUGGUAGCCAACUACAGGGUGCAAGCAGAAUUAACAGCUGUAGAAAGUACCCCUGAUGGAAAUGCCUUGGUUUUAGGGACCGUGGAUGGUUGUGUGUCUGUUUUAGCUAUUCUAGAUCCUGCUAAAAAUGAUAUUAACAACUAUUUGGUUGGUAUGCCUUCCAGAGAUGAAGGGUGGAAGAAGAAAGUUGGAAAAAUGAAAGCUCACACGAGAUUCAAGGCCAUUCAACACAUCGCAAAACUGUCGACAAGUUUCACCAAUGGAGAAAAUAUUAAUGCGUCUCCGAUUAAAAUCGAUGGGGAAAAUGUCACAGCUACAAAUACUAAUAAUAAUAUUAUUAAUAAUAAUGAGAAAACUAAUAAAUAAAUUCCCUUAGAAGUAUAUUUAGCAGUAGAAAUUAGGCUUAUGUGAUAUUAGAUAUAGAAGAAAUUAAGGUUGAUCUGCCUUUAGUCGCUUUAUAACUAUCCAUAAUUUUCAAGAGGC